AUUUGCUGAUAGCCAUGGCAAUUGCAGCGGGUAGGGGCCAGGUUCCUUUCGCAAGGAGGCGGGCCUGUACCUAUCACCAUGUGCUGUUUCUCGUCAUUGGCGCAUUCCUUCUCAGCAGACGGGGCGUGUUGGCCCCAGUACUAUCCAUUGGACAAGGCUCAGAAGUUCAAGAAGUGGAGGAGAAGAUCAAAGGUAGCAAAGUCUUCCUGCUCUCCAAGGAGUAUUGCCCGUUCUGUCAAAGGGCCAAAUCGAUUUUGAGUUCUGUCGGAGUUGCGGGCCUCGAAGUUUUGGAGCUUGCAGAUAUGGACAAGCGGCCAUUGGUGAAAGACCCUGCAGCUAUCAUGGACUACAUGGAAAAGAUCACUGGCGCCCGGACUGUCCCUCGUUUGUUCAUCGCGGGCAAGUUCGUUGGUGGUUACGAUGACAUUGUCCGGAUGUCUCAAUCCGGUGAAUUGCAGCAGCGCCUGAAAGAAGCUGACGCGUUGUGAAUUGCUUGGGAAAAAAAAUGCGGCAAAAA